GUGUGUGUGUGUGUGUGAGGAAAGAGAGAGAGAGAGAGUAACAUCCAAUCCACCGGCUGACAUCUGAUUUGAUCUUAUUCAUUUGGGAGUAUACAUCUGUACUCUCUGUCUGCAGCAUCCUUCUCGCCGGGACACGAGGACUGAUCGCUGUUUAUUUACCGGGAUAUAAUAGUAAUAACGCAGCUGACAUCUAAAGUGGUGACAAGUUGUCGGACUUGCGACAGAGGAGGGCAGACCAGGCACACGGUGUCCCUUCAAGAGAGAGAGAGAAAAGCAGAAACAGGACGAGCUGCGGGAGGAAUACAAAUGAUACUUUUGAAAGAAACCGUCCGACGAGAAGAAUGAGUCAAAGUGCCGGUGUGGAGCCUUAAAAGCGAAGACGAUUGAGUGUUUUCUUUGUCAGGCUGGUGCCCACUUCCUCUCAGCUGCGAGGAGGAUUCAAAGAAAUACAGUAAAGUGUGAUCUGAGACUAUAAACGGAGGGAUGACAGUCAAGCUGGACUUCGAGGAGUGUUUGAAAGACUCUCCGCGCUUCAGAGCGGAAAUUGAAUUGGUCCAAAGCGACGUGAGUGAACUCGAGACACGAUUAGAAAAGCUUGUGAAACAAUGUCAGGCCAUGCUGGAAGCAGGCAGAGUCUACUGCCAGACCAGCAAGAGUUUCGUCAAUGGCCUCCGUGAUCUGGGACACCAAUGCUCCGGGGACAAGACGAUGGAGGAGUGUUUGGACAAAUGUUCCAAAAAGCUGUCUAUCAUCUUGGAAGCGCAGGGGGAAGUGAUUGAAACCACACAGAAGUCUGUCAAGACGAAGCUGCAGAACUUUGUCAAAGAGGAUAUUCGGCGAUUUAAGGAUGUGCGCAAGGAGUUUGAGCGCGGCAGCGAAUGCCUGGAGGGGGCGCUAGUGAGGAACGCUCAGGCUCCACGGGGGAAGCUACACGAAGUGGAGGAGGCGAGCAAUGCCCUGCUCAACGCACGCAAGACCUUUCGGUCUGAGGCCCUGGAUUACGUCCUGGAGAUUAACGUCAUUGAGGCCAAGAAGAAGACAGACAUUCUGAUGGCAAUAUUGUCACUGAUGGAGGCCCAGGCUCAGCUUUUCCAACAUGGCCACCAGUCUCUCUCAGAAAUGGACGAGUAUAGACGGAAACUGAACGAAGAGCACACUCAGUUUGUCCUCAACUCUGCCCGGGAGAAGAGGGACAUGGAGCAAAGACACGCUGCAAUCAAGAAAAAGGACGUGUCCUAUGAUGACUCCAUCAUGGAUUUCAAACCUGACGCACCCAAUGGGAUCGCCAUGGAGGGAUACCUCUAUAAGAGAGCCAGCAACGCCUUCAAGACCUGGAGCAGGCGUUGGUUUUCAAUCCAAAAGAACCAGCUGGUGUAUCAGAAGAAGUUCAAGGAACAGCCUACAGCUGUGGUGGAGGACUUGCGUCUUUGCACGGUCAAGCCCAGCGCUGAAAACGAGAGACGAUUCUGCUUUGAAGUGGUCUCCCCGUCAAAGUGUUGUUUGUUGCAGGCAGACUCGGAAAGGCAGCAGCAGGCGUGGAUCAGCGCCGUCCAAAACAGCAUCGCAUCAGCCUUUCAAGAGCACAGAGAGGACCCACACAGCCCAAGACAGCGCUGCAGCUCCGUGUCUCCGAGCAGUUCGGCAGGAGGGGGAGGAGGAGGGGACCAGGAGAACAAGGGCUGCAAGGCGUUGGAGGAGGUCCAGGCGAUCCCGGGGAACAAACAGUGCUGCGACUGCGGGGAGCCCGGUCCCGACUGGGCCUCCAUCAACCUGGGCAUCACGCUUUGCAUCAUCUGCUCGGGAAUACACAGGAGCCUGGGAGUCCAUUUCUCCAAAGUACGCUCCCUCACUCUGGACUCGUGGGAGCCAGAGCUCAUUAAGUUGAUGUGUGAAUUAGGAAACACAGUGCUCAACCGGAUCUACGAGGCCCGGAUUGAUGAGAUCACCAUCAAGAAGCCCCACGCCUCCAGUCCCAGAGGAGACAAGGAGUCGUGGAUCCGAUCAAAGUACGUCGAAAAGAAGUUCAUCCAAAAGCUGCCCGAGACCGGCAGGAACACCCCGCUGAGGCAAUCCAGCGUCAGGAGGAACAGAGUGGGGACGCAGGACCGGACCGCACAGCGGCCGCCGCUCAAACCCAAACCGAACCGAGCCACUCUGCCUCGGGUCACAGGGCUGAGCCCCAGUGACCUUGUCCAAAAGAACAACACACACAAAGACGCGGACGAGGAAGAAGAGGAUCUGAGCGGGCUUCAUCCCGGGGCGCUGCUGUACCGCUCGGCAGCCCUGCAGAACUUCCCCGUCAUGGCCGACGCUUUGGCCCACGGAGCCGACGUCAACUGGGUCAACGUGGCCGAGGAGUCCAGCACACCGCUGAUACAGGCCGUCUCAGCGAAUGCUCUGGCUGCCUGCGAGUUCCUGCUACAGAACGGCGCUAACGUCAACCAGGCAGACAGCAACGGGAGAGGACCGCUUCACCACGCCACCAUCUUGGGUCACACUGGGUUGGUUUGUCUCUUCUUGAAGCGAGGCGCAGACUACAACGCCAGAGACAAGAACCAGAAAGACCCCAUAACUAUUGCCGUUGACACCGCCAACGCUGACAUCGUCACUUUGCUGCGGAUUGCCAAAAUGAACAAGGAGAUGCGAGAGAUGGACGGAGCGUUUGGCCAAUCAGGUGAUGAAACCUACCAGGACAUCUUCAGGGACUUUUCCCACAUGGCCUCUAACAACCCCGAGAAGCUCAAACGCCGCAGUGCAGAUCCCAAAUCUUAACCAGCUGUCGCCUCCUCCUCAGCCUACAUUUUCACACACGUGCGUACUUUCAACCACACACAUAGAAAACACACGUAUCACAGUGUCCAACUGGUAGACAUGCAGACACACAUUUUCCCUGGCGACCUGCCACAUGUUCAGUCAUAGCUCAGCUGGUGUUGACUUCAGAGGGGAUGAGCGCUCCACACAGUGAAUUCUUUGUGUGAACACGUCAGACCAGAACAAUUGUGUCCAAGUGGGAACACUGGGAACAGCUUUAUGAGACCAGCAUGAGGUGUCUUUAUGUGUAGCAGAGGGUAACACCGUCUCUGCCAAGAUCUUUUUGGUUUUUUUUUUACUAAAAAGGGCUGUUUUAAUUUCCUUUGUACGUGGAAAAGUGAAAGUGUUUGUUGGAAAUGUGCAUCAUCUUAUGUUAACCGUCUUCCGUGGAGUUGUAAUGUAUUCAGAUGUUUACAUUUGGGGAUAUUUUUAGACAGUGUUCAUGCUUGUUUUGUUAAACUUUACUUGAGGUACUUGAGAUUUUUGUAUCAUGAUCAAAUAAACUGCAAUACAAGAAUUA